CAGUCGAGGACCAGGUGUCCAGGCCAAGAUGCAGCUGCGUCCCUGGCUCCUCCUCGCCGCACAGCUGGCCGCUCUCCAUGACAGCUCUGCACUCCAGCCAAUUCUUGAGUACAAAAUGACUGAGACCAACAGUAAGACGGAGCUGUACUGUGAAACCAAAUACUCCUCCAGCAACACACGUAUCUACUGGCUGAGACAGCGCCAGGCCCCAAGCACAAAGAGUCACCAUGAGUUCCUGGCCUUCUGGGAUCCCACAAAAGGGGCUGUGUACGGUGAGGGUGUGAAACAGGAGAAGAUAAUUGUGCUUCAGGAGAAAAGCCAGUCCAUUCUCAAUCUCACAAGUGUGAAGAUUUCCGACAGUGGUGUCUACUUCUGCAUGACCAUCGGGAACCCCGAGCUGACCUUCUGGAAGAGAAUUCAGCUGAGUGUGGUCGAUGUCCUUCCCACCACUGCCCAGCCCACCAAGAAGUCCACCCCCAAGAAGAAAAGGUGCCGGCUCCCAAGCACAGUGACCCAGAAGGGCCCACCUUGUGGCCCCGUUAUCCUUGGUCUGUUGCUGGCUGGUGUCCUGAUUCUUCUGGUGUCCUUGGGUGUGGCUAUCCACUUAUAUUGUAAGUUGUCUCCUCUUGGGCAGUCAUGGUGACCCUUUUUUGCUGUUAGAGGUGUCCCUGAGAGUCCUUCCUUCUCUAGGGGAGCAAGGCAGAUGUGAGCCUGAUGGAAGUUUGCCCCCUGAGAACUGGAGGUAGUUGUGGAAUGCUUCUUGGCCUGAGGCUAUACUGCAGGGGUAGGGAACCAUUCUGUCUCUAGAGUCAGACAAAACUGGGUUUGAACCCACUAUGCUACUCCCUGACUCGG